UCUGUCAACAAAUUCCUUCCCCUACUCAAUGCAUCAGCAACUUUUAAAAUACUAGUGAUUGGAGCCACUGGUUAUAUUGGUCGCUUUGUUGCUCUUGCAGCUGUAGCUGCAGGCCAUCCUACUUAUGCUCUUCUAAGACCCACGACUGCAUUUGAUGCUGCCAAAGAAAAGUGCCUUCAUGAAUUGAAAGAUUCUGGUGUUAUCAUUGUCUAUGUAUAUUUAAACGAUCACAAUUCAAUGGUAAAGGCCAUGCAAGGCAUCGAUGUUGUCAUUUCUAAUGUAGGUGGCGCUCAACUUACAGAUCAGCUCAACAUUGUAGACGCCAUUAAAGAAAUUGGCACGGUUAAGAGGUUUCUUCCUUCAGAAUUUGGGCAUGAUAUAGACAGAGACAAUCCAGUGGAGCCGGGGCUAAGCUUUUACAAAGAAAAGAGACUUAUUAGGAGGGCAGUAGAGGCAGCCAACAUUCCAUACACUUACAUCUGCUGCAAUUCCAUUGCUGGCUGGCCUUACUUUUAUCAUACCCAUCCCUCUGAGCUUCCUCCUCCCCAAGACCAGUUUGAAAUCUAUGGAGAUGGAAACAUCAAGGCAUACUUUGUGACUGGGGAAGACAUUGGGAAGUACACCAUAAAGGCUGUGGAGGAUGUCCGGACUGUUAACAAAAUUGUGCAUUUCAGACCACCCAAGAAUUUUCUCACACUGAAUGAGCUUGCAGCAAUUUGGGAGAAGAAGAUUGGAAAAACUCUUCCUCGGGUUUGUAUCUCAGAACAAGAUCUCUUGGACUUAGCCAAAGCCAACAAUAUUCCAGAGAGCAUAGUGGCUUCCCUGACACAUGACAUCUUCAUUAAUGGGUGUCAAUACAAUUUUAAAAUGGAAGAGCCCAAAGACGUGGAAGUUUGUGAGCUUUAUCCAGAGAUUCUCUACACUACAGUCCAAGAUUUCUUCGAUGGGUACCUUUGAAUUUCAGUAUAAUCAACCGUUGAAUACAGCUC